CCGUUUUGUGCCAUCUCCGUUAAAUUGGAAACGGAAUCGGAAAGGGAAACAAUUAUCUGAUUCUUCGUCGGUCCCCGGAGCCGAUUCACUAUUUCGACUGCGGGUAGAAGUGCUCCGCAGCGAGAGAACCCUAACAUCCAUUGAUAUUAGCUCCGGAGAAGGAGAGCUAGCUGGUCGACGGCGAACUUCUGCUCAGCAAAGAAGAGGACGCCGGCCGGAGUGAAGCAGGCAAGAUGUCUUCGACUCUGCUGGAGACGACUCGGGCGUCGCACGAGGAAGUAGAGCGGCUGGAGCGGCUGAUAGUGAAGGAGUUUCAGAACGAUCUUACUUCCAGCAAGGACCGUCUCCUGCAGAGCCACCGCGUUCGUAACAUGAUCGAUACGAUUGCCUCUACCAGUCAUAAACUGGUUGAUAUUUACGAAGAUAAGGAUCACGCUAGGAAGGACGAGAUUGCUGCCCUGGGGGGCCAGACGGCUAGUGGAACGAAUGUGUUUAGUGCAUUUUAUGAUAGACUGAAAGAGAUUCGUGAAUACCAUAGAAGGCAUCCGGCAGCCCGUGUUGUGGAUGUUGAGGAGCAGUACGAGGCACUGUUGAAAGAAGAACCUGUCAUUGAGUUUACUGGCGAGGAAGCCCAUGGGAAAUAUCUUGACUUGCAUGAACUAUACAACCAGUACAUCAAUGCAAAGUUUGGGAUGCCCCGUAGUGGUAAAAAAGAAUCCGAGGACUCGCACAUUGAGUACUCAACUUAUCUCAAUCUUUUCAGUCAACCACAGAAAAUCGACCGGAAACUCAAGUUGACCAGGCAAUACAGGGAAUACACACAGAAUCUGUUGGAGUAUUUGGUCUAUUUUUUCCAACGUACAGAACCAUUGCAAGAUCUUGAUAAAAUCUUCUCAAAGGUUGUAACUGAAUUUGAAGAGCAGUGGAAAGAUGGCAAGGUGACUGGAUGGGGUGGAGGUCAGGAUACUGGCCCUGUUCCAGCUCAAGACACGUCAAUUGAUCUUGAUUAUUACACCACAGUAGAAGAGCUGAUGCAAGUGGGUCUUGAAAAAUUGAAGGAAGCAUUGGCUUCAUUGGGAUUAAAGACUGGAGGUACUCUUCAGCAACGUGCAGAAAGACUUUUCCUCACGAAGCAUAUUCCUCUGGAAAAAUUGGAGAAGAAGCAUUUUGCCAAAGGUUCACGAGUCCCAGUACAGAAUGGAGCUGCUGCUUUGAAGGAGAACAUCAAUUCAAAGGAAGUUGCCUUGAUGGAGGCCAAAAUCAUCAAACUGUGUACCUUAUUGAGUGAGACAAUCGAAAGGACAAAAGAGAAUGUUGAGAAGAAGCAGGCUUUGACAUACGAGGAAAUGGAAUCAGAACGUCAGGAGGAGGAGAUGCAAGCAGAAAGUGAAAGUGACGAUGAUGACCAACAAAUUUACAACCCUCUCAAGUUGCCCAUGGGCUGGGAUGGAAAGCCCAUACCAUACUGGCUGUAUAAGCUUCACGGUCUCGGCCAGGAAUUUAAGUGUGAGAUCUGUGGUAACUACAGUUACUGGGGCCGUAGAGCUUAUGAGCGCCACUUCAAGGAGUUUAGGCAUCAACACGGGAUGCGUUGCCUAAACAUUCCAAACACCAAGAACUUCAACGAGAUCACAUCCAUCGAAGAAGCGAAGGAGUUAUGGAAAAGGAUUCAAGAGCGACAAGGAAUCAACAAGUGGCGUCCGGAUCUUGAAGAAGAGUACGAAGACAAGGAAGGCAACAUCUAUAACAAGAAGACCUUCACCGAUCUGCAGCGUCAGGGUUUGAUCUGAGUCUAACUAUGCCUUGCCUGUGGAAGAAACUUGGCUGUGCUGCUCUUCCUUCUAUUGUACCAACUUUUGCCUUCUCAUUGUUGUUUGUUAACCACCUCAGCCAACCAUUUUGUAAUGAUCUCUUGUUAGCUACAGCUGUAGAAUUUCUUGUGUAUUUCUGAAAUCCAAGUUUUGGUAUAAGACUUGCCUUAAAAAGAAAAGAAAAAAGUUUGGCAAGAGAUUCAAUUUUGUUCUCUUCUUUCUUCAAUUUGGUAAUAUCUACUGUCUAUGCUUAUUGUGUUCAGAAGUAGGGUGUAGGUUUGACCUAAUCUGUCCUGACUGGUUUCGACCCUGAGGGUCGGGCUAUGUUUGUUUGUGUGUAGGGUCAGUUUAAGAUCGGAUAAUCUUUUGGCCUUGUAAGGGUCCGGUGGGGUCGAGUCAACUUAGGAGAUAGAAUCACAUUUUGACCUUGUGACCCAGACGAAGAGCUUGCCUCACAGGAUUUUGGCGAUGGGCUGUGUUAUUGUUGGUGGAGUCUUGUGGCUUUCCAUUCAACAUUCACUGUUUGUCAUGUCAUCAAAAAAUUGAUGGAGUUAACGGAAUCUGACGGCUGGUAUAGAGUGAUAAAAUCAUGGUCUAUGAAACCGUAUCGGAGAUCGUACCGGAAAAGUCAGCGGUAGGGUAUUUUAUGGUAAAACCGUGGUUUAACCGUAGUUCAACCUUUAUGCCGGUAAAUACCGCCAACCGAUUUAGCCUCCAAUUCUAAUAUUUCGUAGUUGAACCGUCGGUACGGUACGGUUUCAUGGACACAGGAUAAAAUGCAUAAUAGCGA